AUGUUGUGAUCCGGGCGCUUGAGCAGAUUGAUGUUGUGCGGCUAUUUAUAGCUCCCACUAGUGAUCAGAUAAGAGCAGGUAGAGAGAGUCUUUACACCUCAACUGAGGGAUGGGUGGUGAACUCAGCAGGGAGGAGGGAGAUUGAAGAUGAUUGUAGAAGCUUUUGUUGAUGAGUUUUACUGACAAAGCGUCUGACAAGGGGACAUUUCUGCCGGCGAUGGCUUCUGUGGACAUCUGAUGGAGGAGACUCUGCCAGAUGAACUGUGCGAUCUGAAAGCGGACAGUGGCCCCGGCAUGGACGAGAUCACAGCCAAAGAGAGAGGAGUCCUGGAGGAGAACAACGAGAAGGAGGAAAUGGACCAGGAGAGAGCUCGAGAGGAGGAGGAGAAUGAGCUGAAGGAAGAGGAGAAGAGGAAGGAGGAGGAGCCUCUGACGGAGGAGCAGGAACUGGAGGAGCUGAAGGCCCAGGUGCUGCAGCUGCUGCUGGAGCUGGACGACGCCAGAGAGAUGUCAAACAAACACCAGGAGACGUUUCAUGAGCUUCAAGGUCUGUUGGAAGAUGAACGUCUGGCCAGCGCUCACCAAGCUGAGGCCUUUACGCGCCAGAUCCAAAACCUCCAAGCCCAGCUGCGCUCGGUGCAGGAGGAGAUGGACAGCCUGGAGGAGGAGAAGGAGAGCGAGCUGCUGGAGGCUCAGGAGGACCUGCGAGCGGCUCAGGAAGAGGUUCUCCUUCUGCAGCAGGCGGCUGAGGAGGCGGCAGCGGAGAGGGAGAACGACAUCGCCUCCCUGCAGGAGGAGCUGUGUCGCCGGCGAGCCGAGCUCCAGCGUCUGAGCCAGGAGACGCAGGAGUACGAGCUGGAGAUCACCACGCUGAGGGCCGAGAUCAACAUGAAGAGCCAGCGCAGGGAGGUGGAGAGGCGAGAGGGUGACGUGGACCUGCUGAAGGAGGAGUGUCGCCUCCUGAGGGAGGAGUGUCAGACCCUCAAGGAGGACAACCAGCGUCUCUCCGAGAGGCUGCAGCUGCUUCAGAGACAGCGGACAUGCUCCAGCGUCUACCUGUCGCUCAAAGAGGAAGACACAGAGGAGAGUGGGGACGUGAAAGAGACGGGAGCGGAUGAUGUCAUGACAGAAAGCUACAUGACCAUGGACAACCGCCACCUGGUGGACGCCUCAAUCCAGAAGAACAUCUCGUUCGAUGGCAAGCCCAUGACCCCGACUAGCUGGAACGGAGGUGUCAGCGAGAUCUUUUCACUCAGGGAUCAGCUGAAAAAGGCGGAGGAGAAGGCGUCGCAGGUUCAGAGAGAGUGUGACGGUCUGAAGAUGGAGCUGCAGGAGCUGCAGGUUCUGUACGACAGCAGUCAGAGGGAGCGGGCUGAACUGGAGGAAGAGCUGCUGCGCUGCAAGGCGGAGCUGGAGAAGCUGACAGGAGGGUCUCAGAGACUCAUCCAUCCAUCUGAGCACCCUGUUCUCUCCAUCCCCUUCAUAGGAAUGAUUGUGAUUGUGGCAGUGGUCUGGUGCUGGUUGUCGGAGCUGGCGUCCCAGAGAGCAAGGGGAGUGAGGUAGAUUGGAACUCCGUUUUGACUGUCGCUGCCGCUGCGGCGCUGCUUCUAAUGAUGACCAGCUUGUUGAGAGCGCUCGUCCGAUGCUGACUGGAUGGCAACAUCUGUAACAGCCAGAGAGAGACAUCUGCUUCAGACCAGCCCUGGAUCUCUGCUGUCACUUCUGAACUGGGAUCAUCUAAUAACUGAGCAGACAUCUGUGUUGGGAACGCCACGUCUCUACGGGGAACAGUACGAGGAGCACGCGGGACCACGGCGGCGCUCCACCGCGUCGAGAGAUAAUCUGCACACGAGGACGGACCUCGCUUCUCUACACGCCUGCUUGUGUUGUGUUGUUGCUUGUGAAUAUGAUUUCUAUUUAAUUUAGUGAUGCAAUUAUGUUUUCUUUCUAAUUGUUCUGAGGUUCAUUUAUUUAUGAAGUUGAAUUGUGUGUUGACUCAUGUUUGCGUCAUCGCUGAAAAACGAACAAUAGCAUCAGAACAUGAGCUAUGACUUCCUUCUUAAUUGUUGAGGCACAUUUCUUCACGCUUGCUUUGUGUGUAAAACAAAAAAAAUGAACAUCACCCACGUUGUUUUUCACUUGUCAGCAUGGCUGCAGGCUCUGUCACCUCCGCCUGCCACUCAGUGACAUGGUUGCAUUCGACUCUAAAAAAAAUCUGAUGACUUCCACCCCGCUCUGUGAUCAUCACUUCAUCAACAUGCCAGAAAAAACAAACAAACAAACAAACAAAAAAUUCUGUAUUUGAUGUCCUUUCGUCAAGCCUUGUGUCUGGGAAGAAGAAACUUUUCCACUUAAAACCACUUAAACACAGUUAUCCAUUGCAUGACUCCCCAAGACCUUUUCAUUGUGUCGAACGUAUUCUGUGAAAUAAUGAAAAAUAAAAUAUUAUUAUUAGUACUCUAAAAAAGGUGGGAACACAUUAGAUUGGGGAACACAUGUUAAGUAUCAAAGGAAUUAUUAGCUGUUUAUUUAUGGUAAUGAUGGCGUUGUUUAGAGUGAACAUUUGCUGAUUAUUCCAGGGUAAAAUCUAUCCAGGCUUAACCAGACACUAUACAUUGACACUUUAUCAUGAUUCAUUACUGCUAAUUCAGAUACAAAUAUGUCAUUUUUUUAUGGUAAUAUAUGUUCCCUAAUCUAAAGUGUGACCAAAAAAGUUUCAACACCAAACAUUAGACUCUCUAUAUCCUCCAUAUACAGCUCAAGCUAAUGAUAUUUCAAUAAUAUUUAAUCAUCCCAGUAAAUAUUGUUUAAGAAAAAGGUAAACUCUCAACUUCAGAUUUAUAUUUGUUACAUCUGUUAAGUAAAAAGUAAAAACAACUUAAACCAAAAUGGUUUAAAUGUCAAAUAACAAAUAUUUUAAACACUUAAAUAAGGCACUUUACAAAUAAGCCAAAACCAAAAUAUGUGAUGCAGCUACUUUUAGGCUGUUCAGAAUCAAAUUUAUUGCCAUGGUCAAUAAAAUAAAAUAAAAUAAAAUAAAAUAAAAUAAAAUAAAGGCUUGUUAAGCUUAGCAUUAGCAUUUCCAAGGUCAAGUCAUUCUGAAUGGAAUAUUAAAUAAAAUAAAAAACAGUUAAUAAAAAGGCACUAAAAUGAGUAAUAUUUCUAUAUAUUUGUGAAAACCUGCAGAUGCUCAUUACUAUUUACUGGCGACAGUCAGACUGUUGUUGUUGAUUUACUCCUUCGGUCACAUGACAAGACAUUAUGUUGUUGCUAACCCAAAACAUGUUUCAUAUCUACCUUCAUCCUUUUAAAGUAGUAAACUCCUCAGUGAAGUGGGAUGACUGUAAAUACUGUUCGCACUCAUAAAACCUCUUUAGGAGAAUUAGGUCACUGCUGAGUCAGCAUGCUGCACAACGUUACGCUUCCACUUGCGAGUCCUGUACAUAGAGUUGACAGACAGUGCUAUGGAAAAGUGAUUUCUUAAAUUCCAUUUGUACCAGAUUUGUAGAAAGUUUAUUCUAUUUUGAAAGAGCCUUGUAUAUUUGAUAGCUAAAUAAAUCUCAGUAAAUGUUUAUUUAAGGCGAAACUAACCAUUGGCUAACGGGUGUGUUGUCUUUGCAUGCGUUUCGUUUUUGGCUUUUUUUAAGUGUUAAGAGGUGAACUACAGAGGACUAACAGGUUAAUAACAAAGAACAAAGAUUCAAACGUCAUAUAUGUUACAGUAGAAUCUGUUUGCAAUAGACUUUCACUGCCAAUGACUGCAAAUGAAUGUUGAGCAAGAUUAGAAUGGAUUUUGCACAUUGUCACUCCACUGCUUCUGUAUUGCUCUCUUCUCGGAAUAUGGAUGUUUCAUGUUGCUUUUGACAGUUGUGGCUAUUUUGUUUACUGGAGGUCUAUUUUGUACCGUCAAUGACUCAAGGAAAUAAAUAUACUCUCAUGAUGUCUGAGCGCUGCCCUGGACCUGG